AUGAUGUGCUCGCCGCCUUCUUCAACCUUCACCUCGCAACCAAUGUACGAUCUGUUGAGCUUCUUCAAUCCAUCGAUAAACUUCGACAGUUCCGAGGGAACAGCCGGUUGCACUGGGAUCUUGAAAACUGGCUUAGAUAUCAUAUCCAAUGGUUUGAAGAUGUCGAGAGAUUCGGAUUUGAAUUUGGUGUCAAAGAUUGUUGCAGUUUUGGUGAUGAAUGAGUCAAUGUCAUGGCCAGAUAUCAGACCAAUCGACCCGGCAGGGAUGCCUUCAACGUUGAUACGGUAG